AUGCAGGGAAGACUGACAUCUUCAUCCCUUGGCAAACCAACAUCAUCAUCGCUAGCUGUAAAAGACCCCAUUCAUCAGCGACUCGGACAGAACGAACACACGCCCAACCACAGUGAAUUUACGAACAACGGCCAAUCACAAUCUCUUACCAGAAACAUCCAUAAUUUUCUAAGCCUCCCCGAAGAACAAGUUUCAGUCCUACCCGACAAGAGCAAUUCUUUGUUGGCCAUUCCAUUUCGAGAGAGUAAGGCUGUUUCAUCAUUAACAACAACAACGAGUAUUCCUCCCCAAUAUUCAACAUCUCCAGACAUAAUUUCUCCCCGACAAAUUCAUCAACGAAAUGUAAAUAAUAACCUUCUCAAUAAUAAUUCACGACCUCGGAAUCAACCAUCGCCCAACUCAAAUUUCAAUAAUAAUUUAUUUAGAUCUGAAAUACCGAUGCCCUUUCCCUCCUUUCCGCAUGUAAAUAGUUACCACUCACAGAUAGAAUUUUCCAAUUCGUCAUUAACAGAGCAAAUCGGAACCUCAAUUCAAAGCAAAAUUAAGGCUCUCUCAAGAGCCCCAGAGAAGCUAAUCAGUUCAAAAUUUAGAGCUUUUGCUAAUUCGACUCCUAAAGACGAAAACAGACCUAGAAGACAUACUUUGCAUGUGGAUGAGGCAAAGCGUUUACGCCCAGUCCAAUUCAAUGCGUCAACUGAUGACAUUAUUCAACCAUAUCCAGUGCCUGUUCUGUCACCAAAAACUAUUGAAGUUGUGCAGAAGUUGACAGAUAAAUAUGCUGCAAAGUCCAAAAGGAAGAAUAAUCGAAGGGUGUCUACAUCGUUUGUAGCUAAAUUUGUUGAAAUUGAGAGAAAAAAAAGACAGAUGAAAGAUAUGAAUCAGUUCAAAGAAAUGCAAUUUGACUUGGACCCUAAUACAAAGAAAGAAAAAGAAUAUGCCAUCGUUAAGAAAAUGUCAAGAGAGCUUGAGGAAAGACUUGAAUCGGUGUCACAUAAGCUCACCUUUUUGGAAAAGCAGUCUCAACGCGAUAAGGAGCUCAUUCAAUUUUAUAGAAAUAGAGAACGUCAUUUAGCAGGAAAGCCUUCAAAAGCAUUAUCAAACUUCUUACUAUCGUCGUCCAGCAAUAACUCCAUCAAUAACAUACAUCUAGCGGUGAAUAAUUUAUUCGAACAUCCAGUAGCUGACCCUUUUGACCUUACUAGAAUGGUUCCUCCAAAAGGUGUCAGUUUUCAAAGCAUUGUUUACUAUUGGAAGGUAUUUUGUAAAAUAAGUUAUGUUUGCAAGUUCAUAUUAAAUCGAGAACAUUAA